UGUUUUCUGUUCCAUACAGAAGACGAGGAGUUCCUCGAGCAAGAAGUCCUACUUAUCCCGGAUGCUCUCGACGAUGGCCAGGGCGCGGACGCUCCUGGCAAUGAGGAAGUUCCAGAGGCUGCACCGGGAGACGGGUCUCCUGCACCCGACGCGCCCGACGUAGCCCCAGUCCCCGAGAGUGCAGAAAUACCUGAUCUGGACCCAGAACUCGUCACUGCACUUGGUGAAGCGACAGACGAAAAACCCAAAUUCGGAGACAAGAUUCACGGAAAUUUGGCAUCCCUCUGGCUACCGCUGCUGCGGAAAGGCAUGCCCUCAGAGGCAAAAGAAAAAUUAAAGAAUGAAUACCUCAUUCCAGAAAACUGUAGCCUGUUACAGGCACCGAAGUUAAACCCGGAAAUUUCCGCAGCUAUUUCGGAGAUGGCUCGCAACAGGGAUAAAAAGUUGGAGGCCAGCCAACAACAGCUUGGCCUAGGAAUUACAGCUGUGAAUCGAGGCCUAUCAAUCCUACUCACAUCCAACGACAAAGUCACAGCCAUAAAGCUGUUAAGUGACAGUUGCCGGAUCCUGUCCGACCUGCAUUUUGGGGAGACCCAAACCCGCAUAAAAUUGAUAACCCCAGGGCUAGCCAAACCUUUCCUGAAUAUCAUCCAAGACGAGGAAAGGGAUGAGCUGCUAUUCGGAAGCAAGCUUCCAGAGAAAAUCAAAGCCUCAAAAGCUAUUGAAAAACAGGGAUUGCAGAUCAAGAAAACUGUACCUGCCAUUAAGAAUACACCAGCCUCCUCAAGCUCGACUCCUAAUGUCCCACGCAAUCAAUACCAGUUUCAGGGAAACUGGGCAGGACCUACACGGUACCAGUCAAACAGGGGGGGGCGGGGAAGACAAAGGAAAGCUACAGCGGGCCGCAAACCAGCUCCGAAUCCACAAGCCAAGCCGGUGGGCCAGGGCAAGACUCGUGCUGCCCCUCAGCAAUGAGCCAGGUACCUCAUGCAGGACGAAUAAGGUUCUUUUAUGAUUGCUGGUGCAAAAUAACUUCAAAUGAGGUUAUUUUGAACUGGCUGAAAGAGGGUUACUCUAUCCCCUUUGAAAGACAAGUCAUUCAAGAUUUUGCUCCCAAAAUAAAUUGGUCUGCCUCAGAAAAAGCCGACAUGAUGGUGGCUAUUCAAAAUUUACUGCAGUUAGGUGCUGUUACACCUUGCGCUGAACAACGAGACCAAUUUAUUUCUAGAACUUUUUUAGCCCCAAAAUCUAAUGGAGGCAAACGCUUUAUUCUUAAUUUAGAGAAAUUGAAUAAAUUUGUACCCAAGGAUCAUUUUAAAAUGGAAGAUCACCGAACAGCUGCAAAAUUGAUCCCAUAUCGCGGCUAUAUGGCCACGGUAGAUUUAAAA